GUCAGCGUCGGAGACUGAAGCUAUUUUUAUUUUUUUAAUUUUUUGAUUCAGGUAUUAAAAAAAAAAAAAAAAAAAAGAGCAAGAAAUAGAAAUGUGAGAGAGAAAGAAAAAUUCAAUUCUUUCACGUCAGGAAAUUUUUUUAUUUAAAUAUUCAACGUUCUUGAAUUAUCGAUGGGAAAAAGCUGUUUAAAUUAUGGCAAUAAUUGCAUUUUUAAAUGCAAUUUGCGCCCUCACUAACCACCAAGUAAUUUCAGAGUAAAAAUUAACAAAUAAAUAAAAUAAAUAAAAAAAAUCAAAAUUUGACUUUAACAACUCUGUGUAUCAAAUCAACGCCAUGAAAUUUAGAUCUCUGUGAAAGAAACCCAAUUGAGUUGUGGCCUUGAAUGUGAGCUAGAAUGGCCGAACUGUUGGUUUGGGUGGUGGUGGUGGGAUUGUUUGGUGGGUGCAUUAAUGGAGGUUGGAGCGCUGAGACGGGUCAGGAGGCUCCGAGGAUCCACACGCUGUUCUCGGUGGAGUGCCAGAACUACUUUGACUGGCAAACAGUGGGUCUCAUGCACAGCUUCAAGAAAGCCCAGCAACCAGGACCCAUUACCCGACUCCUCAGCUGUACGGACGAGCAGAAGAAGACUUACAGAGGGAUGAAUUUGGCACCAACUCUUGAGGUUCCUUCUAUGAGCAGGCACCCGAAAACUGGUGAUUGGUACCCUGCAAUUAACAAACCUGCUGGAAUUGUACACUGGCUUAAACAUAGUAAAGACGCUGAGAAUGUCGAUUGGGUUGUGAUUCUGGAUGCAGACAUGAUCAUACGAGGCCCAAUUAUACCUUGGGAACUUGGUGCUGAGAAAGGCAGACCUGUUGCAGCAUAUUAUGGGUACUUGGUUGGAUGUGAUAACAUUCUUGCUCAGUUGCAUACCAAGCAUCCAGAACUCUGUGAUAAAGUUGGUGGACUUUUGGCCAUGCAUAUAGAUGAUCUUCGGAAACUAGCACCCAUGUGGCUUUUGAAAACAGAAGAAGUACGGGAAGAUAAAGCUCACUGGGCAACCAAUAUUACUGGUGACAUCUAUGGGCAGGGAUGGAUCAGUGAGAUGUAUGGAUACUCUUUUGGUGCAGCAGAAGUUGGACUUCGACAUAAAAUCAAUGAUAAUUUAAUGAUUUACCCUGGCUACAUCCCACGAGAAGGUGUUGAGCCUAUUCUUCUUCACUAUGGCUUGCCAUUUAAUGUAGGAAAUUGGUCCUUUAGCAAAUUAGAGCACCAUGAAGAUGAUAUAGUUUAUAGUUGUGGCAAACUCUUUCCUGCACCUCCAUAUCCUAGAGAGGUAAAAUUGAUGGAGCCUGAUGCAUAUAAAAGGCGUGCUCUGUUCCUAAAUAUAGAGUGUAUAAAUACUUUAAAUGAGGGUCUUUUAGCACAACAUGCUGCAAAUGGUUGCCCUAAACCAGUAUGGUCAAAAUACUUGAGUUUUCUGAGGAGCAAAACUUUUGCUGAACUGACUCAGCCGAAACGUCUUACUCCUGCUAGUUUGCAAAUGAUGGACGAGAAUAGAGAAAAGCCACAGAUUGUGGAUGAAGAGGAGAAACCUUAUCCAAAAAUCCACACAGUUUUCUCCACAGAAUGCACGCCUUACUUUGAUUGGCAGACUGUAGGAUUUAUGCACAGUUUUAACUUGAGUGGCCAGCCUGGAAAUAUCACACGUCUUCUCAGCUGUACUGAUGAUGAUUUGAAACAAUAUAAGGGCCAUGAUCUGGCACCGACCCAUUAUGUCCCUUCCAUGAGCCAGCAUCCACUAACAGGAGAUUGGUACCCAGCAAUUAAUAAACCAGCAGCAGUCCUUCAUUGGCUUAAUCAUGCGGUUAUUGAUGCAGAGUUCAUAGUCAUUCUUGAUGCUGAUAUGAUAUUGAGAGGUCCAAUUACACCAUGGGAAUUCAAAGCAGCACGUGGCCGGCCAGUUUCAACUCCCUAUGAAUACCUUAUUGGCUGUGAUAAUGAGCUAGCAAAGCUCCAUACGCGUCAUCCUGAGGCUUGUGACAAGGUCGGGGGUGUAAUAAUCAUGCACAUAGAUGACCUCAGAGAAUUUGCUUUAUUGUGGUUGCAUAAAACUGAGGAAGUCCGUGCUGACAAAGCUCAUUAUGCCACAAAUAUCACUGGUGAUAUAUAUUCAUCGGGUUGGAUUAGUGAGAUGUAUGGGUACUCAUUUGGCGCAGCAGAGUUGAAUUUACGGCAUCUCAUAAGCAAUGAGAUCUUAAUAUACCCAGGAUAUCCUCCUGAACCAGGUGUCAGAUACAGGGUUUUCCACUAUGGAUUGGAGUUCAUUGUUGGGAAUUGGAGCUUUGAUAAAGCAAAAUGGAGGAAUGUCGAUAUGGUUAACAGAUGCUGGGCCAAGUUUCCAGACCCACCUGACCCUUCAACACUUCAAUGGACCGACAAGCAAACUCAGCAGAAGGAUUUGCUUAGCAUAGAAUGUGCCAGGACGCUGAAUGAAGCAUUACGGCUGCAUCAUGAGAGAAGAAAUUGCCCUGAUCCCAAUUCCUUAUCCAACUCAAACUCUGGUACAACUAAGGAACCUAUUAUCAUUUCUAGGAAAUUUGGCAAAUUUGAUGAGAAUUUUACUGUAGGAAGCAACCAUGUGCAAAUCAAUCAUUCAAUGGAAUCAUCCAAACCCCCUACAGGAGAUGGGAUGUUUAGUUCUUUUAGAUUCUGGGUGAUUAUCUUGUGGGUAAUUUCAGGGUUGGGUUUCUUGUCAGUCAUGUUGGUACUGUUCUCGGGUGGAAAAGGAAAAGGAGCAAGGGGUAAAAACUAUCGAAACAAGAGAAGAACUUCGUAUUCAGGAUUCAUGGAUAUGAAUGGAAGAGAUAGGCUUAUCCGCAAUGUUGAAGCAUCUUUAUAACGUUCUUUAGGUGGAGUGAAACCUUCUUUGAAAAAGUGACAAUUUGCAUCAAGGGCUUUACAGAAAGGCAAUCCAUACUUACACUAAAUCUGCUGUGCCAAACCAUGUUGCAUUUCCUGGAGUCAGUGGUCACUUCAACUAAUUGCAAGGGUAGAAAUACAAAACUGGGAUAUCAUGGACAAGGGCGUGACUGGUUUAUGUCAAUAUCAAGUAGCAAGUUUUAUUCUUGACUUAUUUUUCUCCAUACCAAUUGUAUAUUUGCGGUACAUUUGGUUACGUUGUGGUCAUCAUAUUGUUGUAUCCUUGGUGUGCGGAAGCUGUACUGCUUAUAUAUUUGAUUCCAAUUUUGGGAGAAAAAAAAAAGAAAAAAAAAAAGAAGAAGAUUAUUUCUUUUCUUUC